GGGAUGGUGGAGACCCAGGCACCGGGGCAAGCGCAGGAGGAUAAAUCUGUCAAUGUUGUGGCCUCAAAUCCUGAUAUGCUACAACAUUUAGUGACAGAGGCUGUAAAAAAAGUACUUGCAGAUCAGGAAGUUACGGAUACGGAGAAAGUUUCGCAAAACAUUGUCUCUCAAGUAGUGGAAGGACUCAAGCCAACCUUAGGCUCUGGUUCUGCUGCCCCUAUGCGCAAUGCAUCAGAUAUAGUAGGAAAGCAUAUUACAAUUCCCACGCCCAUUACAAAACCAAUUGCAUGUGUUUACAAUCCAACACCGAUAGCGGAAUUGAAGAAACGGCACAUACCUGUAGUUUCGUAUAUGCCAACCAGGGAGAGUAGAGUGGCUGUGAAACGUAAAUUCUCGCCGGAAAGGGUUAAACCAUGGUUAAACAUCGUACAGGAAUCCAGCAGCUCUCAAUCAUCUGAAGUUACAUAUAAACCUACUGCAAUAGUCAAUUCAACUGAACAAGAUAUUGUACAGAGUUACAUACCGACAGUCAAAUCAGAUUCAUCAUCAUCAAAUUCGUAUGACGACAGUAACUCGAACGAUUAUCAGUCUAAAUUUAAGGAAGUAUACUAUCCGAAAUCUAAAAAAAGACGGGAGGAGUAUGUUCCUAAAAAUGUCAAGGCGCCAUUAAAAACAGUUCAGCAAUUAAACCACGCUACUUUGGAUCAGUUUGAGCCAGAAUUUGAUAUGAUAGAUGAAAUUCUUACUGCCGAUCACACUACUUCUAACGCAUUAGAACAAGCUAAAAUAUCGGCUAGCGAGGAUUCUCAAGAUUACUCUUUGGAUAUUGAACCUAAAUUUUCUGAUGAUGAAUCUAUAGAAGACAUAUCUAACAAUGAACAUAAUGCGAACAUUAAAAAGGCUGAGCAAAUAGAGGAUGUGAAUGAAAAGGAGAAGGAAAACUUGCAACAUGCAAGAACUGAUACUGUAGAUAAACAAACAAGCAAUAAAGAUAAAAAAAUGCAUAAUAAUCACUAUGAUGCUAAAACGGGUGAUACAAAAAGUAAUAGAUCUAAACAUAAAGCAAGUGACACAAGUAAAUUAUCACAGAGACGAGAAGAAAGUACAAAACAGAGUACUGACAAGGAGAAAGAAAAACAUAAGAGCCAUAGUAAAAGCAAAAAAAGGGAUAGAAAAGAUCAUCAUAAUUCUGAGAGGAGAGACAAAGAAAGAUCUCGGCAUGAAUCAGAUUCCAGAGAUAGGCAUCGUCCUUCUUCUAGUAAAGAUAAAGAUAGGAAAAAAAGCAAUCGUGAUGAUAAAGACCCUUCGCGUCAAAGUAGAGAUCAUUCGGAUUCGCGGAAAUAUAGGCAUUCUUCUCCAAAGACAGAUCGAAACAAUCAUCAUAAAUCUAGUCGGCAUGAUAAACAUAAAUCAAAAUCAAAUUCAUCCAGUUCUAUAUCGAAUAAACGUACAUCUAGCAGAAGCGACAGGAAGCAUCAAUUGGAAUCAAGUCGGAGAUCAAAUGAUUCUUCCAGAAAAUCUAGCAAAUAUAAAGAAAAUAGUAGUGAAAGGAAUUCAUUCGGUAGUUCUGAUAGUCCUGCAGACAGUAUUCAUUCUUUUAUGGACGAAGAGAUUUUGGAAUUAUCAGAUUCUGAUCAUGAUGUACAAGAAGAAUGCCUAAGAAUAUUUCAGGAAUAUCAAGCUUCUGAUCAUCCAAAAUUAGUAUCAGUCAAAAAAUCUUUGAAAGAAGAAACCGAAGACUUGGAAGAAGUUGGUAAGAAAAGAGUUGCGCAUCCUUCAGCGGCUACAAGCGUCACUAGACAGUUAGGUCCUAGUCAGCCACCAAAAAAGCUUAUAACACCACAACAGAAAAUGUACGAGCGAUGGCGUUUGAUGAAGAAAAUAGCGAUCGGAAAGGCCGCAGAAAAGGCGAUAGCUGAAAUGAAGACUCAAGUUACAUCUAUGUCAGCAGUUCAGUCCUCGAGUAAUUUACAAAAAGAACAUAUCGAGUCCGCCUCGUCAACAAACAAUAACGAUCUGCAAUCGAAUGUGAAUAGUCGUGUUAGAAUUGCUCAUGUUCCAUAUGCACAAUCUCUUGCAAUGGAAAAGAAAAAGGUCACAGUAACAGCAGGAAAGUGCGGGGACCACAAAGAAGUAAAUAACAAAACAAUAGCGCAAACUACGAAAGGCAGUGCACGCGUCGCUCACAUUCCGCAAAUAGUACCUCAACUGGUACGUCCAGAACCGCUCCAAGUCGCUACGCAGAAGUUUCCCUUAAAUGUUCGUCAGUAUUAUAUUAAUAUAAUGCACGAUAUAUGCGUGCAAAUUUAUACGAAUAGCGACGAUGCAGCGCAACGUGCCGUUAAAGAGGAACUCACGUGUCACGAAAAAUGUAAGGCGCUUGCUGUAUACAAAAGUUCAUGUAUGCUGGCGGUUCAUAGGCUGAAAAAAGAAGUCGAUCAAAAUAAAUCGAAUGAAAAGUCCGUUGGAUUGAACUAUGGUAUGGUAUCUCAUGAAGCCAUGCUUGCUGGCAAAUCGAGAGGCUCUUGGAGCAUAGUCAAGAGUAAAAAGAGUGUGGUAGAUUUUAAAGGACCUGCACUUUAUAAUAUGCUCAAGAAAUGGGUCAUGUCUGAGGAGCAGCUCAGAGAUAAUGGGUUUCCACGAAGACAUCCGGAUGAUACAAAGGGACGAGCAAAGGUAUAUGUAAUAAAUGCGCGGAACCAAAGUGUUUUAUCAAAAGUGCCUAAUGAAAGAAUAUGCAGCCGAUGUGGCCAAGCGUAUAUGGUAGAUAAACAGAGCUUUGCUGUACAGCAACAAAACUGUAUAUAUCACUGGGGAAGAAAAUUUACAAUUAAAGGCGAGGGCAAGUACAGUUGUUGCCAGCAAUAUGGAUCAGCUACUGGUUGCUGUGAUGCAAAGACACAUGUGUGGGAUUACACGGAUUAUGAAAAUCUUCGCGGUUAUGUUAGAACUUUAUCAAAAGAUGUUUCUAUGGACGAACAAGGUGUCUAUGCACUCGAUUGUGAAAUGUGUUAUACUACACAUGGUUUAGAAUUGACUAGAGUGACAGUGAUUGAUGAAGAUUGUAACGUAAUGUAUGAAACGUUGGUCAAACCACAAAAUCCGAUAAUUGAUUAUAACACAAGGUUCUCAGGGAUUACAGAAGAAGAUAUGAAGGACGUGACGACGACUAUUUUAGAUGUACAAGCUACACUUCUCACAAUGUUUUCGGACAAAACAAUCCUGGUGGGUCAUAGCCUUGAAAGCGAUUUUAAAGCUUUGAAACUGCUUCACGAUACCGUUGUGGAUACCAGCAUUAUGUUUCCACAUAAGAAUGGAUAUCCGCAAAAACGGGCAUUGAAAAAUCUUUGUUCUGAAUAUCUCAGAAAAAUCAUACAAAAUGACAUUGGUGGUCAUGACAGUAAAGAAGAUGCCGUCGCUUGCAUGGAGUUAAUUCGCUGGAAAGUGAAGGAAGCAGCAAAAUUACAGUAAACAAGGCUGCGCUCGCAGUUUAUUAUGAACAAAUAUCGUGAUUGCUGUACGGUUACAGCGCGCCAGCUUGUAUUAUUACGCAUACUUUACUGCCGUAUGUGUGUGUAUCAUACUUUCUUAUGUAUAAAUAUG